ACCUGAGAUUGUUGGAAGAGCAGAUUCAACUGACCAAAGGUCUGGAGGCAGCGAGGGACCUCAGAGAAACCGCAGCCGCCUCCCAAACAGCACAGAACCAAUAAGCAAAACCAGCGCUACCAGAGCCUUGGACGGUUUCUCGGUUACCGUCACCCAUAGUUACUGCUUGCCUUCCUCCUCCCUCCCCAAGGACAUGGAGGCGGUGGGCGGCAGCCAGCGAGGGGGUGACGGGGGAGAGGAGGAGGAGGAGGAGGAGGAGGAGGCCGCGGGGGCGUCCGUCUCCGAGGGCCUGGAGGAGGGAGAGGUGGAGGGCGAGACCCUGCUGAUCGUGGAGGCCGAGGACCACGACCACGACCAGGCCUCGCUGGACCUGUCGCACGACCAGAGCGGCGACUCGCUCAACAGCGACGCCGGCGACGACACCGAGUCCGGGGGCUGGAGCGAGGACACCACGGCGUUCCACUGCGAGAAGUGCCACAAGUGGAUACCUGCCGGGCAGCUGAGGGGCGAGCAGCCCAGCUACCUGAAGGGGGACAACUUCUUCAAGUUCUCCUGCUCCCACUGCUCUGAGGACGGCAAGGAGAGCUUCGAGAGGAUGAGGCUCACCUGGCAGCAGGUGGUGAUGUUGGCCAUGUAUAACCUAUCCCUGGAAGGCACGGGUCGUCAAGGCUACUUCAGGUGGAAGGAGGAUAUCUGUGCUUUCAUUGGACGUCACUGGAACUUCCUGCUCGGCUCAAGGAAGAAGACCUCCACCUGGUGGAGCACGGUGGCCGGCUGCCUGUCGGUGGGGAGCCCCACGUUCUUCCGCUCCGGGGCGCAGGAGUUUGGGGAACCGGGCUGGUGGAAGCUGGUGCAGAACCGGCCUCCCACGCUCCGCCCAGACGGGGACAAGAACUCCGUGGCCGCCCUCAAAGCCAAAGCCCCUAGUAAGCCGGCUCUGGACCCCACCAUCACAGUGGAAGGGCUGCGUAAGCGCGGGGGUCGUAACCCCGUGGAGAACGCCAUGCAGCUGAAGGAGAAGCGCUCGCGCACGCAGGAGGCCAAAGACAUCCGCCGGGCCCAGAAGGAGGCCGCCAGCGGGGGGGCCAGCGGGGCCUACAGCGAGCGUGGCGACCGAGGCGCCGGCAGCAGCGGCGGCGGCGGGAGCAUGAUGGUCGUCUCCGGGGGAUACGGCAGCGGCGGCAGCAGCAGCACCUCCUCCACGCCCGUCAAGAUGUCGUCGUCGUCGUCGGCGACGGGGGCCGUCGGCAGAGGCGGUCGGCGCGGCGGCGACAUGGUGCUAGAGAAGGGCGAGGUGAUCGACUUCUCGUCCAUGAGCUCGUCCGACCGCACGCCGCUCACGAGCCCUUCCCCCUCGCCGUCGCCGGACUUCUCCGCCCCCGGCACGCCCGCGUCCCACUCGGCCACGCCCUCUCUGCUGUCCGAGGCCGACCUCAUCCCCGAUGCCAUGCCCCCCAUGGCUCUCUUCCACGAUGACGAGGAGCUGGACGGCGAGGGCAUGAUUGACCCUGGCAUGGAGUCCAUCCCUCCCCCCUCCGCCUCCUCCAGCCUGUCCUUGUCCUCCGCCGCCGCCGUCCGCAAGAAGCUGCGUCCGGCCGAUCUCAUCAAGCAGGAGGCCGAGAGCGAGGAGGAGGAUGACGAUGACGACGACGAAGAAGAUGGCCACCAUCACCACCACCACCACCACCACCACCAUCAGCAGCAGCAGCACCGUGCCCGCUUCCGUGGCAACUACCACCAUCGCCACGGUAGCAGCGGCGUCGACCACCAUCACCACCUCCAGCAGCACCAUCACCAUCUCCAUGACGACCACCACCACCAGGGCAGAGUGGACCGGAAGAAAGGCCUCCCGAUGACCAAAGGGGAACCGGACUCCAGCGCCCCGGGAGGAGGAGAAACCGGCACGCCGUUAUCCUCCUCCUCCUCUUCUGGACCUUUACCGGGUGGUGGUGGUGGUGGUGGUGGUGGUGGUGGCGGCGACGGCGGUGGCGGUGGUGGCGUUGGCGACGCGUCUUCGGCGUCAGCACCCCGCCCCCCACGCCUGGCCUUCCUGGGGCUGUACGAGGAGCGCGCGUUGCUACGGCGACUGGAGGCGUGCCCUCAGGCGCUGGCGGUGACGGCCGAGGCGCGGCGGCUCCGCAGGAAGCUGCUGGUGCGUCAGUCGCAGCGCGAGAGAGGGCGCCCCCUGCUGGACCUGGACCAGGCCGUCAGCGCGGCGCUCAGCCUCGUGGGCGGGGUCUACGGGGGCGUGGCCACCACCGCAGGAGGAGGAGGGACCCGGAGAGGAGUUGGGGGGAUGAUGAUGAUGACGAAGUACCGGACCAGCAGCCAAGACGCGCGCAUCCUCGACCGAUUCCAGACUGCGGUGUCGGGCAAGAAGGGUUUCCAGCAGCACUCCGUCUCCUUCUGGCACCGACUCAUGGGCACGGAGAUGGGCAUCGACCAGACGGGCAUCAAGAGCCCCUACACCUCACGCGUGCUCAAGCCCUUCAUCAGGCGGGACUAUGAGACUCGUCCGCUGAAGCUGCGUCUGCUGGCCGAGGUCCGGGCGCACCCCCAUCGCCACGACGACGACUGGAGGCCCGCCACGGAAGCCUCCAUAGACUACUGCUACGUGCGCCCCAACCACAUCCCCUCCGUCAACGCCAUGUGUCAAGCCAUGUUCUGGCCUGGAGUAGACCUGUCGGAGUGCCUGCAGUACCCCGACUUCAGCGUGGUGGCGCUCUACAAGAAGGUGGUGAUUGGCUUUGGGUUCAUGGUGCCGGACGUGAAGUACAACGAGGCCUACAUCUCCUUCCUGCUGGUGCACCCCGAGUGGAGACGAGCGGGCAUCGCCACGUUCAUGAUCUAUCACCUCAUACAGACCUGCAUGGGUAAAGAUGUGACGCUGCACGUCUCGGCCAGUAACCCCGCCAUGCUGCUCUACCAGAAGUUUGGCUUCAAGACGGAGGAGUACAUCCUGGACUUCUACGACAAAUACUACCCGGUGGACAGCAAGGAGUGCCGGCACGCCUUCUUCCUCCGCCUCAGACGCUGAGACACACACGCGCGCAUACACACACACACACACACACACACACACACACACGCAUACACACACACACACACACACACACACACACACAGGCAGAGCGAAAGAGGAGGUGAUAGUGUGAAGCAGGGGAAGAAGGAACGAGAGAGAGUGACUGAAUUAUUGUGAAUAUGGGAUUGAGUGAGUGUGUAACUGAAUGAUUGUGAAUGAGUGUGUGUGAGUGACUGACUGAGUAAGAGAGUGUGUGCUGGUGUGUGUGUGUGUGUGUGUGUGUGUGUGUGUGUGUUUGCGUGUCAACGAAUGAGUCUGAGUCAGUGACUGAAUGUGU